AUGGCGAUGGGCUGGGCCCCGCUGCUGCUCCUGGCGCUGCUUCCCCGUCACAUGUCCGGAGCCAAACUCAAUGUCCCCAAGGUGUUACUGCCCUACUCCAGCACCGUGAAGGUCAACUUCACCCUGCAGGCGGACGAAGGGUGCUAUGGAUGGUUUUCAACCCGACCAGAUAUAGCAACCAUUGAACCUGUGUAUCAGAAUAAUACUGACUGUUCCAAUUCAGCGGUGAUAUCUGCUCGCUCUACUCAGCGUACUCGCCUCACCAGCAUAAUCAUAGCAGAGGAAACUGUGACAGGACAGGUGUUGCGCUGUGAUGUAAUGGUGGACAAAAUAAAUCAAAUUGAAAUUUUAUCAACAACUCGGGAGUUGUACGUGGAUGACUCACUGUUAAAAUUAACAGUUAGAGCCUUGGAUGAAGAAGGAAAUACAUUUAGCUGCUUGGAAGGAUUUAUUUUCGUUUGGAGCAUUGUGAAGAAUGAAAACUCGGAUAAUAACGCUGAGUCGCCACGUAAAAUUCGAAUACUGAAGUUUUCGGAAUCCCCCUACUUACCAUCUGCACACAUAGAAAAAAUGGAAAGAGAAGGAAAGCAAGGAGACAUUAUUCUCGUAUCUGGGUUAAUGACUGGUACUGCUAACCUGAAUGCACGACUGCAUGAAACUAUAUAUAAGCGUGUUCCUGCUGCAACAAUACGCCUCAUUAUUCUGGAAAACAUUAUUUUAAGCCCAGCCCAUGAUAUUUACCUAUUGGUGGGAGCUUUUAUUCACUACAGAGUUACUAAAAUAGUAAAUGGGAUAAUGACAGAGGUUAACAUGCCAUCUGAACAGUAUAGAUUGGAGUUACACAGCGAUAAGAUGCGCUCUGAUGGAGAGGGAAAUGCAACUGUUGCUAAACUGGAUUCUGACUCCUCCAUUGUCACAGCAGUACACACAGGACGGGCCAACUUAGUUCUGACCUACAAGAACAUUCAUAUGCAAGCACUUUCUCAUUUACCUAACAGUACAAUAUAUGUUGUGGAAGUUGGCUUUCUAGCUUUGGUUCAUCCAGGCUUUUUCAUCUUGCCUGGAGAAAGAUGGGUGCUGGAAGUAGAACGAAAGUAUGAAUUUACAGUGGAAAUCUAUGACAAAAGGAGUAAUAAAGUUUAUUUAUCUGAUAAUCUAAAUAUUGCCACUGUCCUUCCACAAUCACAUUUCCAAACUCUGAAAACAACGAGGAAUGGGUCUUAUCAUUAUGUGAAUGUUAUGUUGGCUGGCCACACAGAAAUUAAGGCAACACUCUUUGGAGUGGUUGGGCAGUAUCUGACUACACCUAUUACCAACAGCCAAGCAGUAAUUAUUUAUAACUCAAUAAUACUGGAGCCAAGUAUUCUUGUCUUCCCUUGGCACCCCAAGCCUCGAUGUUAUCGACAUAUCAUUAAGGUUAUAGGAGGAAGUGGGAACUUUACAUGGUCAUCAAGUAAUGAAACUGUUGCUCUGGUGACAGUUAAAGGUUUGAUAGCAACUGGUGACAGCCGAGGCUUCAGCAUUAUACGGGCGAGGGAUGUGGAAAAUGCUAUUCACUUCGGCGAAAUGCAAGUCAAUGUGCUCAGGCCAGUCAGUAUAGAGUUUGUCCAAUCCCGAGUAGAGGCUGAGGUUGCUCAGUAUCUUUACUUGUGGAUUAUGGUCUAUGGACUCAAGGAGACAGAUGACAUGGAAACAGUUCCAGUGAAUGACUGCUCACUAAUGAACUUGGCGGUGGAUAUGGACAAGCAAGGGGUGUUCAGAGUCAUACAAGGGAAAUUAGAGGCAGAUGCUACUCAUUGCACUGGGAUAUCUGUACAGGCAGAGACACCAGGCCACACAUUACUAACAGCAAGUGCUGCAUUUCUGGAGGUCCAUUUUAGCAGCAGCAUAAGCAUUGCCUCUUACCAUCGACUUAGAGUAAGUAUUUAUGAUAUAUUGAUGCUUAGCACAGAAACUCUCGAACAUGGCGGCGGCUGUGGGCUCAGAUCUUUGGGCGUGGGUGAUGGUCCGGGGCAGCGCAGUGGCGGCCAUUACCCCCUCUGGGAGAGGCCGUCAAUUCCUUUGGCCAUCACGGAAGGCGACCUUCUCUCCGUCUCCCGGUGCACCGCUUGCGGCCGCCCGCCGGCCCUCUGUAUCCGUCGUCUUUCGGCUGCGCUUCGGAGUGGGCGGCUGCGGCGGCACCUGCGUUGUGGCGGUCAGGCUAUUGAUCCAGUUGCUGUUGCUAUAGUCACUCUAACCUCUUCAAAAGAAAUGCUGUUUGAAGGAGGUCCCAGGCCUUGGGUACUGGAGCCAUCAGGAUUCUUCAUGGAUCUGACUGGUGAAAAGAAGAAGAAGAUAACCAUUGAACAACAAUGGGCUCCGUCCAUGAAAAAGAAAAGUCAUCAUGGGUUUAGAGUCACCUGUGUAGCCUUAGGAGAACAGUUUUUGACAUUUAAAGUUGGCAACCAGCCAAGCUUGCUGAAUCUCAACCCUGCCGUUGAAGAUGUAAAAGUGAAGUUGGUCUGUGCUGUUCCCACCAGCGUGACAUUAGCUCCUGUGUAUAAGUCACGAGAACGUGGUCUUCCAUGUCCUCUGCUGCAACACAACAAGCAAUUGGUACCCGUUUCUUUCUGCAGAAACACCAUUUUGGAACUAACUGCAUAUGAUCAAUAUGGACGGAAGUUUGAUAACUUUACCUCUCUGUUCAUUAACUGGAAAUCAUCCAACUCUUCUCUGGGCAGUCUUCAUCCUACAUUACUCAUGGAAAUGAUUUUAAGAGAUGACGGAAGUGGACAGAAGAGGCUACAUGGUCAUAGAAUGGUUACAGUUUACAGGAAGAAAGGAACUGUGUCCAUUUCAGUAUAUUUGGUUGGGUAUCAAAAGACUCCGACUGACUUCUUCCCCGAAGUGAAUAGCUUGUUUGUGCCAAUAACGGCCAGCAUUGAUUUAUUACUGGUGGAUGAUGUGUCCUUGGUCCCCAGAAACCUCACUGUGUACAACCAUCCCGAUAUAUUGGAAGUAAUCUAUUUAACUGAAGGCUCUGGAUAUUUUUUUGUUAAUACGACAGACGCUGAGGUUUUGACCAGCACAUAUAUGGAAGCCAAAAAUUAUGUCCAAGUAAAGCCACUGCAACCGGGAAUAGUGACACUGAAAGCUUAUGACCUUUGCCUGACCUGCAAAGGUCCUGCCAGAGCUGAGAUCCAUGUAUCGGAUAUAUUGGAUUUUGAGCUGGACCUUAUUCAUAAGAUUGAAGUUGGAAAGUCUGUUGCAGUAAAUGUGAGAAUCCUGGAUUUCUUCAAGCAACCCUUUUUGAACAGAUACUUUCACUGCAUGAAUAUAAGCCUGCAGGCAGCCUCCCCAAUUGUCACCUUAGAAGCUAUUUCUAACUUGGAUAAACAUGCUGCAAGUUACAUGAUGAGAGCUGUGACCCUGGGCCAAACAACGCUAGUUGCAACUGUCAAAGACAAGAAUUGUCGCAAGCUGAGUUCCUCUCCACGUCAGAUAGAGGUAUUCCCACCAUUCAGACUAAUCCCACGAAGAGUGACAUUGAUCAUUGGUGGUAUGAUACAGGUGAUGUCUGAAGGUGGUCCACAACCACAGUCCAAUAUUUAUUUCUCUAUUAAUAAUCACACUAUUGCCAAGGUAAAUAAAUUAGGGCAGCUUACUGCCUUGGUGGUUGGAACAGCAAAAAUGACUGGUAUUGUCCAGGCUAUUGACGAUGACACAGGAAGAGUGGUUGUUUUCUCUCAGGAUGAAGUGACCGUAGAGGUGAUUCGGCUAAAAGGGAUAAAGAUCCAUGCUCCAGUAACUAGACUGAGGACUGGAACUCAGGUGCCGGUGUAUGUGACAGGAAUCACCAGUUCCCAGACUCCAUUUUCCUUUGGUAAUGGGGUUCCUGGCCUAACCUUUCACUGGACGACAACAAAACGGGAGGUUAUCGAGAUUGUCACCCGACAUUCCGAAAUUUCCUUGGAGCUCUCCGCAGAGCAUAAUUUUGCCAUGUUGCUGCACAGCCGAGCACAAGGGAAAACGGGUUUGAAGGUCACGGUAAACGCACAGGAUCCAUCUGCAGGACAGUUUGAAAAAUACGUUGACAUGUUUUCUGAUGAGAUUCAGAUUAUGGUGUUUGGAAUACUACAGCUCUUACCUCUCUCUCUGCCAGCAGAGGAAGUCCUCAUGUCACCAAAUUCCCAAUUGAAGUUACAAACGUCUCGGGAUGGGAAAGCUCUUGUGAGCUACGAAGUACGCAAAUGUCCAAAUAAUAAGUCUGUGAUUAUGGAGGAUGGGCAUGGACUUUUGAUGUCCGGACACAGAACUGGUUCUUCUGCCCUGACAGUAACAUCGCGCGAAUACUUUGGAUUGAACCAAACCAUUGUAACUGGAGUGAGGGUGGCUCCAGUGGCAUACCUCAGUAUUGUGACCAGUCCAAUGUUGUACAUAACCAAGAAUGAAGAACUGACUGCCCUUCCUCUUGGAAUGACAUUGACUUUCACAGUCAACUUUUAUGAUCUCAGUGGAGACCAGUUUCAUGCACACAAUACAGAAUUAUAUUUAGCUCUUAACAGGGAUGAUCUGCUGCUGAUUGGACCGGGCACCAGUAAUAACACCUAUGUGGCUCAAGCUGCCAAUGUAGGAUUGACCAUACUGGCAGUUUGGGACAACAAGCAUCCUGGCAUUGCUGACUACAUCCCCAUACCUAUCCAGUACGCCAUCUGGCCCAACAUAUCAGAACACGUGGUACUGAGUGAUGUCAUAUGUUUCUCCAGCGUCCUGGUGAAUCAGGAAGGUGAGCCUGGGAACUGGUAUGUCUUAUCAAAUGAAGUUCUGCAGAUCGAUAGUGGCACAGGAUUGGGAGUUACCAGGGGCACAGGGUCGACCACUGUCUAUUACGAAAUUCCAGGAAUUGUGAAAACCUACAGAGAGCUCACAGUUACCGGUGUAGGAAAAGCCUCCAUUUCCUUUCACGGUUUCAAACAUAUUGUCGGCCUUCCUAAGUUUAAUGUGUACAGAUUUAUUGUGACUACAAUGAACAAAGAUAGCAGCCUGAGGGGGGACUGCAGUUUUGCUCAGAUUAAAGCUACAUCAAAACUAAAGCCAGAAUCAAACCUUGCCUGUUCUGUGCGAUUUAAUAAUAUUGUAUUACAAGUCUUUGCAGGCUCUGUUUUCUCUGUGGAACCUGAAUUCAUUGCAGAUACAGGUCAGUACAGCUGUACAGUCAUGAUAAAAGAACUACCAGAUGCUGUGUUUCGGGAGUUGAGCACAGGUGGGGACACCUAUGUCUCUGUCAAAGCCUCUGUUCUCGGAGGACAUUACGCGGGCCAAGUGGGAAGAACAGAGAUUCCUUUCAUCCCUGGAUUUUAUAUGAACCAAUCAACUGUUUCUCUCAGCCAUAAAGAACCACUAAUAAACAUCACUAUUUUUGGUAUAGAUAGAGUGUUGAAUGAACUGGAGGUCCAAUCUCAAUCAUCUGCCAUUGUAGUGAGUGAGCCCAUCAAACUACUUGCAGUACCCAAUAUUGUUUACACACUGAGCCCUGCCAAUGUCAGCCUUCUCCAGCUGGGCAUGUCAUGCACCAAUAUCAGCGUGUCCAGCCCUCUGACACGGCAGGUGAUGCACGUGGCCGUCACAGUGCUGCGCACUGGAUCCAGCAGCGGAACACGAGAUUUGUCCUUUGAGGAACCUACUUUCUUUGACCAGCUUGUGGAAUCCUACCAGGUGCUGAUGUUCACCUUGUUUGCAGUCCUGGCUACAACAGCUGUCAUUUUUAUUGCUUACAACGCCUUCUUGACAAGGAUACAGACUAUUCCUGUAAUUUAUGUUUCAGCACCACAGCAAGCAGGUUACACUUCAGCACCUCAUUGUAGUAACCCACGGAGGCGAUAUCUGCAGUCUUGGCUGUGGAGUGUUCGUUGACAAACUGUUGUGGAGAAAGAACCAGUGCAAUUAGCUAGCAGUAAGAAUUACUUUUGUAAAAUAUGAUUGCAUUUUGUCAGUUGUGUUUAAAAUUCAAGCAAAUUUAAUCUUGUCUUCAUUAAAGCUUUUGUUCAAAGCAGACAUCUAAAUUAUGACACUGAGCGCAUUUACAACAUCACGUUAAAGAUUGUAACUUCAGGGUACAUUGAGACACACUAUCAGUUUCACUGUAAUCCCAGACAUUAUCCAGCAAUAUGGUCUCAUUACCUCUUCAAUUUGAUUUGUAAUCUGCCUUGGGAGGGAAUGUACUUUGUUAAUAUCUGGUGGCAUAAAUACGUAUAACGAGCAUGAAUUUCAGGAGUGUAAUUACUGCGUACUGUGGAGAACGUCAUUUCUCACGUAAGAAAAUCAGCCAAAGAAAAAUUAUACAGCAUUGGUUGUUAUUUUUAUAUCAAACGUUUAGGUGAUGGCUUCAUGAGUGACAAAUGAAUAAUCAUCGUACCCUGUAUAGAAACAUAGUGCUAUCCACUGGCUACAAAAUGUUGUUCAUUGUUGUAUUUUAUAUAGCGUUACAUGUCUGGCAAAGCAAUUAUUUAUUCCUCAUCUCUCUGUUAAUUGUACUUCUGAAUCUAUCCUAAGUUGUUGUUUGGAAGUUGCAUCAUUUAAAUAUUGCUAUCUUGCGAUCAUUUGAUCUUGUAGUAACAUUAGUCAUUCAAUCUUGAUUGUUAUAAAACCGAGCAUGUUUAUUGUUGUAGGUAGUUUAAAGUUGAAUGUCUUUAAUUUAGGUGCAAUAAAAU